AUGGCAGUUCGUCUCCCAGAUCUACAUGAUUACAGAUUGUGUUUUAGAGUAAUUGGCAACCGUGAAAAGCGACGGCCAGCACGAGAUUCGAAUUCACUUCAACGGGGUCAACGCCAAGCAAACGUCAGUAGGACACGACCAAGGAAGCGAGAGCGGCCUCGUCCUGCGCCAGAUCAGCCACCACCGGCAUCUUCUCACCCUCAUCUACGUCGGCGAGGUGACGGACCGGAUCAGCGUGGAUGGCCUCUCGCUCAGGGACUGCGAGCUCACGUCGGAGGAGGAGGAGGUGGAGAAAUUCCUGCGCGGGUUCAGGGAAGAUGCGGAGCUCGCUAUGGACACGCCGCCGGGUCUUGGGCCGGACCUCUUCAUAAUAUAUCAUUUGUACACCUGUCCGAGGAGGCUGAACUGCCGGAGUACCUGAGGCCUGUCGUUCACUUCCGGCAGCUGAGAGCACAGUGCAAGGACCACCACCGCCGCGUCCGGGCCGGGGUGAAGGCGGAGAGGCGGUCCCACAAGAGCCACGGAGCCGCCAGCGCAACGCGAGACGAGAACAGCGACCUCGGAGUCUCCCACGCCAGGCAGAAGCGGUGGGUGCUGAACGAGCUUCUCAUCUUGCCCGGGACCCACUGGUGCGGCAACGAAGACAUGGCCAGCUCCUACAGCGACCUCUCGGGCUUCGUGGGCGCCGACUCCUGCUGCCGCACCCACGACAUGUGCCCCGUCAACAUCCACGGCCUCACCCGCAAGUACGGCAUCUACAACUCGCGCCUCACCACCAUCUCCCACUGCGCCUGCGAUGAGAGGUUCCGCGCGUGCCUCCGCAAGUCCAAGACGGGCGCGUCCAACAUGGUGGGCACCGUGUUCUUCGACGUGGUCAAGACCCGCUGCUUCGUGUUCAAGAUGGAGAAGACCUGCAAGAAGUGGUCGUGGUGGGGCAGGUGCGAGAAGUACGGCAUGGAGAAGGUGGCCAGCCUGCGCGACCCCAUCCCCUGGAGCUCUUGAAUGGCUGGAGACGGCUUCAAAAGAUUUCGAAA